CGACUUCUUACUGCAUUUUGAUCCUUUUGCAUCCCUCACGCACGACCAGGAUCUUUCAGUAGUUUGAAGCCCGCCGAAGUUUUGCGCGCGGAUUUAGCUUUCUUACCCCCCUCGAAAAAAGGGGAGUCUCCUGACCCUUAUGGUCGUCCCUGCCGCCGGUGGUAGCGUGCGCGUCGCCACUCUGAUCUGAUCUGACUAUGUAGGUUAUCUCUCUCUCUCUCUGUUGUUUUGUUGGGGUAUGUUUUAAUUUAUUUCGCUAAGCUUAUGUUGUACUUCUCUUAGAUUGAAAAUGUUUUACAAAUGGUAGCGUUUUGAAAGAUCCAGAAAAAUGAGGCUCCUCGUCCUAGCUGAAGACGAACAAAGCUUGUUUUUCUUUUAGAAAGUGGCCCCCUUACCUUUAAGUAAAGAUCCAGAAAAAUGGAGAUUCCCGCCCAUUCUAGACAGGAACAGAAGGGUCCACAAGAGUGCGUUUUUCUACUUCUUUUUUCCAUAUUUCACUUCUUUCUCGAUUAGUUUUGUUUUCUCUAUUAGUCUUUGUGCUUGUUGCUUCAUUUUUUUUUCCUUGCUAUAAUCUCUUGAGUUCUAUCGUAGUUGUAGGUCACUGCUAUUUUUUUUCCUCUUCCAUUGCCAUUGCGGUUUUCACCAUUGCCAACGCUGACUACUCGUAGUUCUGUCUGUGCAAACGAGAUGUAAAAGGAAGCACUACACGACAAACAUCGCGCGGCAAAGGAGUAGAAGAAAUUAGUUGUCACGAUGAAAACGUUUUAAAGUUGGGAAGUGGCUUUACAAACUGCGUUCUCUAUGGUUUUGGCAUAUGUAAGUAGAGUACUACGUGUGGGAGUACAUUUUUUUGGCUUAAGUUCUUUCACAGGGGUCGAAGUCGAAUAGUUUGAACAUACUUGCUACACGCAUUUUUACAAGCUGACGCAAAUUUUGUGUAUGUUCGAACUUCCCCCGUGUUUUGUUUAAUACUUUAGUAGUUUACUUCAAAAUGCUUUUAUUGUUGUAACUCUCUUAGCAUCGGUCCGUGCGUAGCAUUGCAAGCUCGCAAGCAUCCGUGCAUCUGAGCGCCAUUCUCUAAAUUUAGCGAGCGCUGGAAGUGGAUGGAAGGCUUUGCAUUACAAGCGAAAAUGUAAAACACGUCCAUCCAACCCGAUCUCUAAUGAAACACUUUCGCGUGAAGUAUGACAUUACUGUCAACAGCGCUACGCGCUAAAGCUUGCACUCGCGCCAUAAAAACCGCCUUUACGAUGUGUAAGAUUUGCUUUUUUAGACAUUAGUCAUAAUAUGGCGAAGAUCUGCAUGUUCGUAAAAAAAGACGCACGACGACCAUCGUCAAAAGGAAGUAAGGGUGCGAAGUGCAAUGAGAAACUGGAAAACUCCCAUAGUACGUCACGGAUUUUUUGGAAGAAAAAACUACUUGUAUAAUUUGAAAAGUGUACAACUCGUGUCUGGUUCUCUGGACAACGAGUUGGUGAUAAGUAUCAGAGUGCACAACUCACACUGUGUUCCACCAGGUGCGUACCCGCGUGCACGUCCUAAAAAAAUUCAGACGCAGCGCCGCUUCGUCGGAGGAGCUUUCGAAGGUGCUGAGGACCUCAAAAUAAAUCUACGAACGUUAAUAUCAAUCUUCUACAACUGUCAGGCUACCUUGUUCAGAUACUCAUCGGCUUUUCUAGUUAUAGUGCUUAUUUUUUUCCCAGGUUUAUUACAGUUACUCUGGUUAAUAUCGCGUAUAGUUAUUGUUAUGUCUGCUCUACAGUCUAGUUCUAUUCGGUAGGUUUUUUGUUGCUAUUAUUAAGCUUUUUUCCUUUUUUUCCAUUGCCAUUGCUGUCUCGCCAUUGCCAUUGCUGACUUCGCGGCCAUACUUCGUGUGUCAAAAGCUGUAGUUUUCCUUUUCUACCAACGUUCUCCAAGCUGUUGUCUAUCUUGUUGUUCUGUAGUUGAAAAAGUUAUCAAGCUGAUUCUGUCUCUUCCGAUAGUCACUGUUUUCGCAGCUCUACAUUUUUUCCUUGGUUAUAUUCUCUGUUAUCUAUUUUGUAGUUGUAGGUCACUGUUAUUUUUUCUCUUCCAUUGCCACUGCGGAUCUCACCACUGCCAUUGCUGUUUUCGCGACCAGUCGCGAUCUGGUGCACAGCUGGGAGGACAUCGCGUUCCCCGCUGCUGCUUUGUAUGUUGGAUCUUCGUUUCUCUCAUCAUGUUAGCGCUAGAACCUCGUCGCACUGCCACAUACAUCAAUUUCCAAGACGGCUGGUGAUCCAUCGCUGCAGGUUUGCCGAGGCGAUUGGUGAAGCCCGUCGGCUUGUCUUUUCUUUCCCAAUUAACUGCAGGCUUGGUGGGGUUUCUUUUUUUGCAGCAGCAGGCUGUUAGUCUUAGUUAUCGGGAUUUUAUAGCUUUUGGUGUCUGUCCGGACAGUAGAAUGUGCUUCGGUCUAAAUCGUGUAGAUUCAUUUGCCGCCACACGACGCGCCCUUCUUGGACUGUCCGCCCUGCACGCCCACUCUGGUUGCGAAGUUCUUGCUCCGCCUGCGCCGGCGGUCGAGGAGGAGGAUUUGGCUGUGAUGAUGGUGUCGUGCUGUUAGCACCCCUUCCUUUACAUUUCGAUUAGAAUUCGUCCGCUACUCUGUUAUAGUUUUUUUUCCGCUUCACUUCAGCAUUUGUAUCAUAAUUCGCAGAGCAGCUUCCUCUGUGGAUUCCUUCCUAGCGCUCUAUCUAGUAUCUCGCGCGGGCUGCACCGAACAGCAACCUUCGGUCUCCCGCCUGUUUUGUUCCAUUUGUAUUUGUGAGACAGCAACCUCUCACCCGCAUUGCGUGGGGACCUUCGAGUUUUCACCGUAGGCAACCUGCACGUUUUGCAUUGCGCUUUUCUGAUUUGUAGACCUUCGGCGGUGCUUUUAUUCCUUGUAGCCUUUUAUCAUGCGGAACGUUUGCUCUGAUUUUACUACACCUCCAUUCUUUUUAUCUUUGCAGAAGAUCAAAGCGUUUUUUUUGCUCUACACCGCUGAAGUACCCGGAGACAGCAACCUCUCCAUGCAGGGUUUAUGCGAAUUCCGAUGAGAAGUCGGAUUAGCUGACUUUUCGUCAUACCACGCCUCACGUACACCAUCAGAAGUGUAGCAUUGGCGUCGGCCGCAAAAAAAGUCGGUCGGUUUCGACCGUGGACACGCGCGACUUUCAGUGUCCUUGUCGGGGUUUAUGGCCUAAGUUUCCCAGUCCCACCCAGUAGGCAUGAUUUUCAGGCCGGGGUUUGUAUGAUCACGUGGGAGGAGGACAGGGUCACUGUUAGCCGCCUCUACUAAAACUAGUAAGCGUGGCCGAGUUUUAGCUCAUGAAAGCUCCAGCUGCACUCUUAAAGUUCUGGAACGCCGCCCCGCAGCCAAGCCAAGCCAAAACUUUCUGAUUCUGAUUCUCUAAAUUAGUCCGCUGUCCAUCACCCUUGCCGCCCAAAGGGCGAGGGGUCGUGGAACAAGAUAUAGGGAGGAUCUUCUCGCUGAUAAAUUUUCAGUGCUGCUUUUCAACAUCCGGGAGCCAUUUUAUCAAAUGCAAACCAUUUCUGUAUACCGCUCCUGUAAGGAGGCAGCAGCAUCCGCUAGAGUGCAGGAUGCGCGAUGGACGCGACACAAGGCUUCAUGACAUUGAAGCCUGUGUCGCUGACAUUGAAAGACCGUUCUAAAAUUAAUCACAUUAGACACGACGCUAGUAGCGAAGACGCAUUGAUGCUGCCAUCAGGAACAUUGGAAUAAGAGCCCGCCGGUGCGCUCUAAGUCGCCCCCCCAGCCGGGCGGCCCAGGCACCUCCAGGAUCCUUGCUCACCUCUUGCGAUGUUCGUCCAAAUCACGAAUACAGCGGGUUGCUUCACGCUCUUGCUCGUCCGUACAGGAUCAAAUUAAGAGCCCCCCAAACCUCUCGAAG